UAAGCCUGGAGAGGCUCCACAUUGGCCACGGCAACUCUAGAAGACCUACUAAGUCUUGGAGUUGAGAUCUUCACCUUUCUAAAUGUAUAAAAACACUAAAGGCCUACAGGAGCACUAGUGCUUUGGAGCGGUCCACUGUUUGGAAGAAGGGGCUAGAAAUUGAAAAGAGAUUUGGGAGUUAGGUGUUCAGAGUGCCAUUGGUGGCCACUAGCCACUUCCUAACUUGUUAAAUUAAACAUGUCUGGAAUGGCUGGUACUGCUCGUAUCGACGGAGAUCGUAUUUUUGUAUCAGUUCCUGAAGCUCUGUUAGUUUCUGAUGUUGUUGCGGAUGAUGGGAUAAAUCUUGACCAUGGCGUUGCAUCUGAAGUUGUCCAAGGGCCUGAUAUCGUCACAGAAAAUGAUUUCGUAACAGAAGGUGUGUUUGUUCCUGAAUCUGUUCUGGAAGCUGAUAUUGCCAUUGAAGAAAUUUUAGAUAUUAGUGAUCACAUUUUGACUUCUGACCUAAUAACAGAAACUGUUAGAUUACCUGACCAGAUUUUUGUGGCUGACCUUGUUACUGGUCCUGAAGGACAUUUGGAACAUGUGGUCCAGGAUUCUGUGUCAAAUGCUGAUUCUCCCACAAUAGUAUCAGAGGAAGUUCUUGUAACCAGUUCAGAUACAGAAGCUGUGAUUCAAGCUGCCAGUACUCUUCCUGGUUCUACAGUUGCUAUAAAAGCCGAAGAUGAUGAGGAUGGCAAGAGCACUUCUGAAGACUUCUUAAUGAUAUCUUUGGAUGAAGAUGCAGAGAAACUAGACCAAAUUGCAAACCCACCAGUAAAAAUCAACACUGAAGCUUCCAAUGAUGAUGUCACUAAAGAAGAUGGGUUUGGUUCAGAAGUUAUAAAAGUGUAUAUUUUUAAAGCUGAAGCUGAAGGUGAUGUGGAAAUAGGUGGAACAGAAGUUGUUACAGAGAGUGAUUUCCACAAUGGAUAUUCUGUCCCUGGAGUACUUGAACAGCAGGGAGGUGUUGGCCUAAUGCAGCAGGAGGAGAUGGUUUACAUGGCAGUUAAAGACGCAUCUCAUGAGGGUGAAGAUCUCAAUUAUGCUGAAAUAGCUGAUGAAGUUUACAUGGAAGUCAUUAUAGGGGAUGAGGAAGCCCCUGCUCUUCCUGAGGCCCAGCUGGAAGACUCUGGUGUGAAUAAAACAUUUGUUCCUGUGGCCUGGGCUGCAGCAUAUGGAGAUGAAAAUCUUCUCCAGAGGUAUGAAGAGUUUGAGGCACCAGGCAAUAAUUUGGAGACCAGAUUAGAAAAUAAAGAUGUUACUCCAUCACAGCACCUUCAGAUUUGUGACAGUGUUAACUCAAAUAAGGCACUUAAGCAGAAGUCCAAGAAAAGGAAACGGGGAGAAAGCAGGCUAUGGCCAACAGCGAUUAUAAUUGGUCCUGAUGGGCAGCCCUUGACUGUAUACCCUUGCUAUAUUUGUGGGAAGAAGUUUAAAUCCAGAGGAUUCUUGAAAAGACACAUGAAGAAUCAUCCUGAUCAUGUAAUCAAGAAAAAAUACCAAUGUACAGAUUGUGACUUCACAACUAGUAAGAAAACAAGUUUUCAUAACCACUUAGAAAGCCAUAAGCUUAUGAAUAAAGUUGAUAAUAAGACCCUGGAACUUACAGAAUACACAAAAAGAUACAAAGAAGCUAGUCCAUUGAGUUCAAAUAAACUUAUAUUAAGAGACAAAGAAUCUAAAAUUUAUAAAUGCAAAUAUUGUGACUAUGAAACUGUACAGCAAGGAUUGCUGAAUAGACAUUUGCUUGCAGUUCAUAGCAAACAUUUUCCUCAUAUUUGUGUUGAUUGUGGGAAGGGAUUCCGGCACCCCUCUGAACUUAAGAAGCACAUGAGGACCCAUACAGGGGAAAAGCCAUACCAUUGUCACCACUGUAUCUUCCGGUGUGCUGAUCAGUCAAAUCUGAAAACUCACAUGAGAGCCAGACACGGCACUGUCUUACCAUAUAAGUGUGAGCACUGUCCCCAAGCUUUCUCUGAGAAAGCUGAGCUUCAGCAGCACUUGGAAUUAUUCCAAGGACAUAAAACACACCAGUGCCCUCAUUGUGACCAUAAGAGCACCAAUUCAAGUGACCUUAAGCGACAUAUCAUUUCUGUCCAUACUAAAGAUUUCCCUCAUAAAUGUGAAGUGUGUGAAAAGGGCUUUCACCGACCUUCAGAGCUCAAAAAGCAUGGUGAAAGCCAUAAAGGUCAAAAAGUCCACCAGUGUAGACACUGUGAAUUUAAAACACCUGAUCCUUUUGUGCUCAGUGGCCACAUCCUCUCUGUUCAUACCCGAGACCUUUCUUUAAAAUGUAAAAAGUGCAAGAAAGGAUUUAGGCAGCAAGCUGAACUUAAGAAGCACAUGAAGACCCAUAGUGGAAGGAAAAUUUAUCAGUGUCAGUAUUGUAACUACAGUACUACAGAUGCCUCUGGCUUUAAGCGACAUGUUAUCUCCAUACAUACAAAAGACUACCCACACAGAUGUGACUACUGCAGAAAGGGAUUCCGUAGGCCAUCAGAAAAAAAUCAACAUAUAAUGAGACACCAUAAAGAGACCAUUAUAUAAAAUGAUAUAUAUAUGCAUAUGUGCGUAUAUAUAUAUAUAUAUAUAUACAUAUAUAUAUAUAAAAUAAGAAAGGAGUUUAGAGACUGGAAUACAUUAAUUGGAGAAAAAGAAAACCUCAUGAGCUGUUUCUUAAAUCAUAACCUUACAUCCUUUGUAUUAAAAGUCUUAAAAAAGUAUUAGGGUUACCAGUAAUCUGCUAGCCCUGAGAGUUGCUCACCACAGCUCAAACACCAUAGACGGUGGUUCAGACAGACUGCUGAAUGUUUAUUCCAUAGUAUUAUAUGCAUUGUUAGGCAGGAGGGGGCAGAGAGAGAACUUAACGGUGCUAUUUGGUUGAUUCGAAACAUCACUCUCCUCCACGGUGCUGGGAUUGGGAGGUCAGUAACACUUUAAUAGAACAACCAAGCUGCACAUCUUAUGCAAUUUGGGGGUUGGGAAGGCGGAGGUAGGAAGGAUGGCACUGAUCAGUGAUGACUUAGUCAUUGGGUUUUUCUGUAAUACCUGGAAUGGCUCUCCAGAAAUGGAGUUUUCCUUUAAAAGCAUUUCAUUCAGAAGCCUUUUAGGUUAAUUCAGUACUUUUCAAAGCUGAGUUUCAGAGCUGCUAACCUAUUUUGUUAUUAGAUAGGUUGUUUAAAAGCUAGCAUUAAGUGAAGAGGUCAGGGGCAAUAUUCCAUAGCUGAGAGUAAGGGUGGGGUGAUAUAGAUAAUAUCCCUUUUGCCUGACGCUACAUUGAAUGUUCUGGAUGGCACAGUUUGCAAAAGUCUGCAUCUAAUGUGGAUUUGGGAGAAAAUGGAUGCAGCAAUAGUGUUGCAGUUCAGCACUAUUUUUCCUUAAUGUUUUAGGAGUUUCUUUAAAAGUUUUAAAAAAAAAAAAUGGUUCAAAGAACACAACCUUAAAUGACAGUAAAUGUUUAGAAGUUCUUUAGGACAGUUUUAGCAGAUAGGAUUAUUCUAGUCCUACUUGACUAACAUUAAUUAAAAGGUGCAAUUUUAUGCCAUUGUUGAAAACAUCAAUUUUAUAACAUGCAUUUUCAUUCUGAGGCAGUAUUUAUGCAGUAUUUAACCAUAAUAAUGUGCUGCCAAUAGAAUGAAUUCAAAGAUGAGUCUUCAGUUUACAGUGUAUACUUUUAAAAUAUGCAUCCUUUUAAAUGAUGCUUUGUGUUAGCAUGCUGCAAAUCAAAAUGGCAUUUAAUAGAACAAACUGGUCUAGGGCUAUUUAAUGAAAAACCUAUUCAUAAAUGUUAUGCAUAUAAUGUGUAUGUUUUACUUUUUUUAAGUUGCUUCAUGUUUGCACACAGCUGUUGUCCACAUGAUAAAAAAAUGGAAAUUUUACUUCAUUCUCUAGCGUGGCUUUGUAAUUCAGACAACCUUCAUCCUUUUGGUUUUGUACCAGAUGAGAAUCAGUUCUUUGAGAAUAAAUUUUUUUAUCUUUCUGAAACCUUAAAGGUUAAAUUUAAAAUUUGAAACAAAAAAAAAGGUUUUAUGUGUCUGUAAAUGAUAUACACGCUGUAACAUAAAAUUGUCACUGUUAUGUGGAACUAUUGUUUCUAAAUGUUAUUGUGAUGAGAAUACAAUAAAAAGUAU